AUGGAGAAGCAGGUGCCAGAAAGCCUGGCUCCAGGAGAAGGACUAGAGGGAACAAGAAGAGACAAUUUUGCCAUCCAGCCUGGGGCUAUCAGGGAACUGCCUCGCUGGGUGGUGGCGCGACAGGUGGGCGUACCUCACCGUCUGGAAUCCCAGUGGCAGGAUUUCCUGAAGACCAUUCAGUCCCCUUCCGUGGGAUGGGGAAACCCACCGCUGCCAGAACUGGCAUCCUGGGAUGACCUGGUACAUUUUGAGAGAGUGUUUGGUGCCUGCCAUUGGCCUAGAGGAGAGGGGGUGGCCCGGCUCAUGCCGGCCUUCAGUACGGACGCCCAGCAAGCCUUCAGCAGCCUGAGCUCUAGAGAGAAAGCAGACUACGGGAAAGUAAAGGCUGCCUUCCUGCAAGGAAACUCCACCAGCACGGAGAUACAUCGCCAGCGCUUCAGGCAGUUCUGCUACCAGGAGGCCGAGGGUCCUCGCGAGGUUUGCAGUCGGCUGAGGGAACUCUGCCACUGCUGGCUAGAGCCGGAGAGUCGGACAAAGGAGCAGAUCGUUGAGCUGCUGAUCUUAGAGCAGUUCUUGAACAUCCUGCCACGGGAAAUCCAAAGCCAGGUCAGAGAACGUAGCCCUGAGACCUGUGCCCAAGCAGUGGCCCUGGCUGAAGGUUUCAUCCUGAGACAGCAGGAAGGCGAACAACCAGAGAAGCAGGGUCUGGAGACGAUCGUGGAUGGGUUUAAACAAAGGCACGAACAGCUGUGCCUAGGUACCAAGGUUGCAAAUAAAACCGAGGAGAAGUUUGAACAUCAAGAGUCCAGGGAAGAGGAGGUAACUGCUGCACCAGAAGGAAUUCAAAGGAAAGAGAAGUCUCACCUCUGUAUCGAGUGUGGGAAAAGCUUUACCCGUCCGUCAGACCUGGCCAAACACCUGAAUGUUCAUACAGGAGAAAAGCCCUACCUGUGUGUGGAGUGUGGGAAAAGCUUUAGUCAGCUCUCUCAUCUUACCAGACAUCAGAAAAUCCACUCGGGGGAAAAGCCUCACAUCUGCUCUGAGUGUGGAGAUACAUUCAGCCAGCGGGCAUAUCUUGUCAGUCAUCAGAGAAGCCAUUCUGGAGAGCAGCCAUACCGUUGUUCAUACUGCCAGAAGUGCUUCAGCCACCAGUCCGCUCUCAAGAUACACGAGCGGAACCACAUGGGUCAGAAACCCUAUGCCUGUGUGGACUGUGGGAAGCGCUUUGUUUCCUCUUCCUCUCUCACAACCCACAGGAGGAUCCACACGGGAGAGAAGCCUCAUGCCUGCAGUGUGUGCGGGAAAAGAUUCAUCCAGCAUUCUAAUCUCGUAUCACACCAGCGAACCCACUCAGGGGAAAAGCCAUUCUCCUGUAAGGUGUGCGGGAGGAGAUUCGCUUACCCUUCUGAUCUGACGAGACACCAAAAAAUCCACACAGGAGAAAAGCCCUACCCUUGCGACGAGUGCGAGAGACGAUUCACCAGGCUCUCUGAUCUGAUUACUCACCAGCGAAUCCACACAGGAGAAAAACCAUAUCGCUGCCUCGAGUGUGGCAGGAGGUUCCGCCAGAGAGGGGUACUGGUCAAACACCAGAAGUGCCAUUCAAAAGAGAAUCCAAAAGGAGGCGAAUUCACCCAGCCCACAGAGUCACAGACGGACAGCGAAUUCAGAGCUCAUGAGAUAAAGCAAGAGAAAGACGAUUUAGAAAACCUGGCAGAAUCCAGCUUGAUCCCGUUUCCUUGCUCCUGA